CUGCAUCAGUCGUGGUUGACCAAUUAUCGAUCGGUAGCCACCAGCAUCCGCACUGCGUCGAUGGCAGCUCUAGCAUACGUUUGUUUCUUUGUUUGUUUGAUUGGUUGAUCGAUAGUGUGAGAACCUCUUUCCGGUGAUCAUUUAGUGCUCUGCUGGGGUACUGACCCCGCUACUAGCUCUAGACACAUGUUCGGCGCGACAACUCAGACUCCGGACGUCCGUCCGAUGCGUCGCCUUGCACCGCGAUCUCGAGUUGCGCCGUGUUUCAGACGAGCGUGUCCUUGAACAGCCCCAAUUGGAUCGUUCGGAGCUGGUGAACCUGGAGAGCCAGUCUCUGCUUCGGCGCUCACAAACCUGUGUCGUAGUAGGAUCCUGGUUUUGUCAGAGCUUUAAAGGUUCUGGGCCAGGUUACGGUAUCAGACGUCGAAGCAUGGUUUGAAUCUUUGAACAUUUUGGGUCGAUCCAGAGGGUGGGUUUGUGAGCGUUUUGUUUGUGUGGAGCUCGUUGGGAGGACCUGCGACAGUGGCUCUCGAAAGCUGCCGACGCCAGUGGAGCUGAAACUCUCUGGGGGCUGGGGGUGUUUUUGGUGCUGGACUGUUGCCUCGCCCGUAGAAGACAACUUCGUGGAUAUCUGAACAGGAGAUGUUUGCAUUGUGGGGAUCGUGCACGUGUAGGGUGUCAUUAAACUUCCUGGUUGUAGCUUCGGUGUUUCGGUCCGUGACCUGUCUUGAAACCGCCGCUCGGGUACCUUCAGGACUGUAACCAUGGAGGUUCCCCCACGCAUGGACACAGAUGAAUUGGGAUCUAAAGGGCGCUGCCCGGUGCCCUGCCCUGUGUUCCCCGGAACGCCCGUACCGGCAUUACUCUUGAAAUAUGAUAUCGAAACUCUUGUGCAACCGACUCCUCAGCAGGUUGAAGCGUAUGAGCUUUACCUGCACCUCCCUGAGCUGAGGCGGCUAUGGCGGGCAAGAGAUUUUCCGUCUUGGGAAAACGAAAGCGUAGUAAGACCUGCUUUACACAGUUUAGAGCUGGUCUUCCGCGUGAUAUCAGGCGUUCUGUGCGACACUCGGCCCUACAUAGAUCGCGACGAGUGGCUUCGUAGACUGGAAUCGCUUGCAAACUUGCAGCUGGAAGUUCUAGCUUGCAUCGUAGAGGGAGAUGAGGGGGCGCCCACGUCCAAUCUCUCUAAUUGUUGUAGUUCCGUGGGAACGGAGUCGGUAGUGUGGCACAAGUCUGGUUCGAAGCCCAUCGUGAGCAGGCUCAGCAAAGAAAGCUUGUUGCCCCGCCUUGCUGCUUGGAGGACUGCGCAAAGCGUAAGCUUUCGGUUACAUUUUGCCAUUGAGGGUCAAAUGGCGCGGGCACCAUUCACUCUUGGCCUUGGGGAGCCUAAUCUCGCUGCCAAGCCGGUUUUAGAGUAUGACAAAAUUUGCACCCCUCUUGAGGUUUAUGCGUGCAGACAAGUCAUGUCUGGGCAUCCUGAAGAUCACACGCUUUCGACUGUACAUCAAAUCAUGGAGGCAUGGUUGGAAGUAGCUUCCGGCCUGCUGCAGAAUGUUGAGAGGAUGGUCAAAGCAGGAGAUAUUGGAUUAGCUGCCAAGAAUUGCUGGAUCAUCGAGCGAGUGUGGAAGCUUCUCAUUUCCACAAUGGAUUUACUCCAAAUCAUGGACCCGGACGAUUUCAUGCGCUUGAAGGAGGAGCUUGCAAUUUCCCAGGAUGAGACAGCUGUCAGCACAGAACAUAUUGGCGGAGGUGCAUACUGUUUGCGAUCCACAAAGCUACGACAAAUCAGUAAGGGCUGCAAAGACCUUCGGCAUCUGGUCCCCAAGGUGGUGGGAGUAGAGGCUGAUCCCAAAGGCGGUCCAAGGCUCCUGGAGGCAGUGAUGGAUUUGCUCCAUUCGCACGGGAUGCAAACUCACAUAACUCCGCCAUUCCGGCGACCCUUGGCCUACCACUCGUCUACAAUACAUUUACUCCAAGCCUUUCAAGCGGUUGAGGCAGCAGUUCGGCAGUUUUACUUCUCAUAUCAGCAGCUAGUGAUCGCUGUCAUGGGCAGCGGAGAGUACAAGGCAACUGCACAAGCAGAAAUCUCUGCCGCAGAUGCAUUAUCUCAAAUAUACUUCGAGCCACCAUACUUUCCCAGCCUUGAUGGCGCAAAGACUUUCCUAGGUAGCUACUGGCAUAAUAACCCAGAGCUCGAAGAGGGCGCUAUCAUGAGGCAGCUCAUGUUGGAGAAGACUACGCGAGAUGCCCUAACUGGAGACUCUAGCAAGGCUUCUAGUGAUAGCAAUAAGACUGACGCAGUCGAAGAGCAAAUACAAAAGACUUCUGGAUCUAUGCGGAAGACCCCAGGAUCUUUGCAGAAGAAGCAGUCUUACGCGACCCUUGCUUUCAUGUAUCAAGGAGCCAUGGGGGCUUGACAUGACUGUGCCGAUGGAUGUAUCAGCGUGGGAUUGUCAACUGUUCCUCUAACAAGCGGAGGAUAUUAUCAAAGUUAGCCAUCAACACGGGGUGGUGGUAAGCAAUCCUUGGGGCUAUUGCCUCUUCAUUUGGAGCUGAAGUGGGUGCUUGCCUUUGGUCCCUUCUCCUCCCGCACAUGCGCACACACCCACAGAGUUCUCAUGCUAAAGGGGAUUUGUGCCUGUUUUUAACCUGCACUCCCCGAUUCUAUACUUAGAGGAUUACAGGUUUCAGUGGGUCAUGGAUUCUUUAUGACUGCAAUGAGUGCAGAUAAUGUCUUCGGACUUCGACGGCCCUCGACAGAUCUGUUAUUGGUAGACAGACGUAGAGUCCACCAUUGUCACGGAAAUUGUGUGUUUCGGUUCCAUUUGUUUUCUCAUUUUACUGUGGUAGAUUUGUACAUUACAUUAUUACGGAGUGCGAACGUUUUUGUGUAUAUUGUUCCCGCUUCAACCAACCUCCUAGCUACGAGAUUGUAGCGGCAACUACAGAGUUAGCUAUGUGCAGCAGAAAGUUAUUGCUAUUAUUUUUGUGACUGCCAAUAAAAGCAUUAUGCUUUAUUGCUUUUUGCAGCUAUUA